AUGGGUGCCCUUCGGCCAACAGUUAGCAGGGUGUCGAGCCACGGGACGGCCAAGAAACGGCAGGAACCCUCGCGAGUCGCCGAAUCCGACCACACGCAACCGACGACAUCGCAUCAGCGUCUACUAUCCAAGCUGUUUGCCUGCGAGCAAGCAAUAUUCCGUGCCACCUACGACGACCGAAUUUAUUCUUGUCAAAAAAAUCGAUUUACCCUCGACGACUUCCCCUUGCCUUGGACCCGCUUCCCAGACGUGGCGUUGUACCGCCAGGAUAGAGUGUUCGGGCGAUACUUGCAACGGCAACAUUUGGCCUCGCGAUUCCCGUGCUACGGCCGAGUCCUUGGACGACUUGUUGCGCCGACCGUCAAACCAGGCUUCAGCUCCUUCGCCACCUACUUGAUCGAGCCAUCCAGAUCGAGCUGGGAUACACACAGCUGCCCAGCCAAGUUUGCGCUACGGUCUCCUACCGCCAUCGCCAGUACAGGCAGGUACCUGCCGGCCGACAUCAUUGUGCUGUCCCUCGUUGAUGCAGCGCCCUCUUUCUCCAUCGCAAUGCUUGCAGUGCAACCAACGACGCACGACUCUGCCUCCUCGACUUGUCCUCUUCAUUCCCCCUGUCCGCCCACUCGCAUCGUCCCACCAUCGCUGGCACUUGUUGAUAUCCUGCAUCGCGAAGCUGCCACACCCUCAGGCCGCUUCCAUCAGUCUUUCCUGUCGCUGCUACUCUGCUCUGGGCUCAUCUGUCCUAAAUAUCCGGCCGCCCUGCCUCACCGAUCUCCCCACGCGUCGCCUGCCUCGCUGCCUGCCUCGCGUCAACCUCUGCGCUCGGCCCACAUACAACUACCGCCCACCUGGCUCACCCACACCCCUGCCAUUGCUGCUCCAUCUCUUGCCGACCCUCCCACUCCUCUGUCAACUACUCUACUUGCCAGCUCUACAGGCUCAAGCUCAACUCGCUUUCAGCCGCCCCUGUCACCUCGCAUUCAGAUCCCAUCGAACCCGAAUCAUACCCCCCUUGACCGACUCCCGAGAUUGCCUCUUUUGCUUGCUAGUUGUCCGUCUUGUCCUAUAGUGCCUGUCGACUACGUCAAUAGGGCCUUUUCCCCGCGGCUGACCUGGUGCCGCCAAAUCAUCAGCCGAUCCCCUGCGAGACGGCUGCUCCAACUCCAUCUACCCUGCGAGAGCGAGAUAUUCUUGAAUCGCUCUCGCGACCUUGCUUUAUUAUCCUCGCAUCACUUGCGCCCGGCGAUUACUCCCCGCCACGCCACGGCGCUUUUGCCCAUCAUGAGCGACACUGAGCUAAUGCAAGUUUGUUCAGUCGGCGGAAACCCGGUUUCUGCCUUUCUUUCUUGGCGACUGCAAGCAACAAAUGCCUGCGAUGUUACUCUAGUCUGGAAAUCGGGAUUCGAGCAUGUUUCUCAAUAUGGCAUCUCCUUCAAGUCACCCGUCUUUGGAAAUGAGCGCUUUAAGCCACGACAUGUCGUCCGAAACCCCGAGGACGCUUCCACUGUCCGCGAAGGCCCUUUCGAUUAUGUCGUCCUCUGCGUCAAGGCGCUCCCCGAUAUCUAUGACUUGGCUGCUGUUAUCGAUUCCGUCGUCACUCCCCAGCAUACCUGCAUUCUGGUCAACACAACACACACACUUGGCGUCGAAACUGCCAUCGAAGAGCGCUUUCCCACAAAUGUCGUUCUCUCAUUAGUGUCCGGUGCUGAGCUCACCCAGCUUGGCCCUAGUGAAUUUGAGCACAGGGGCUCGACCGAUAUCUGGGUCGGCCCGGCCAACAAACAGAGCAAUAUUCCUCAAGCUAUCCAAGAGGACAUGGCACAGGCUCUCGCUAUGACCCUCAGCACCGGCCAAGUUGACUGCAAGGUGUCGCCCAAUAUUCGUCAGCAGCAAUAUGAACGCGUUAUUGGCCCGAUUGCUUUCCACCCCGUCAGCGUCCUUUUUGAAACUCCCAACCAGUCCAUCCUCUUGGACAAGGUUGGCGUCAAGGACAUGAUCACUGGCAUUAUUGACGAGCUUGUCACUCUCGCCGAGACUAACGGCUGCAAAUUUGAUAUUGACUUCAAACAGAGGCUAAUGGACGGCAUGACAAAAACAAAUCUUCCGGACAGCAUCAUGUGGCAAGACUACGUCGCUCGACGCCCCAUGGAGAUUGAGACUUACCUGGGAUCCCCCAUAAAGCUGGCGCACGAAGUCAAGGUUCCCGUUCCCAGAAUUGAGACGCUCUAUGCCAUUAUGCAUAACUUGAACGUCGUAAACAGGAACCGCCCCAAGACCGCCGACGUUCAAGGUGUCAUGCCUCCAGGCUCUCCCACCGUUGGCCAGCCUCCACGCCUGCCAUCCCAGAAUGGCCACCGCCCCAUGAUGGGCCCCAUGCCCAAUGGCAACGGUAUGCCACCGCGCCAGGUUCGUCCCCGGAACUCCUCCAACUUCGGUCCCCCUGGACCCAUGCGCCGUGGACCUCCUAUGAACGGCGGUCCGAACGGCAUGAAUCGCCCGCCACAGAACAUGAACGGUGGAUCUCGAGCUCCUUCUCGUCGCGGAUCCAUGGACGCCAAUGAUUUGGAGGAAUUCUCUCAUCUUGUCCUCUACGACGAUAUUCCGGAAGACCAUGAGCAGAAUUUAGGCACUGACGGCAGUGACCCUGUUGCGCGCGAGAGAGAGAUGCAUCUGAGGCAGAGAGAACUAGCUGUGAAGGAGCAGGAUAUGCGCAUGAGACGUGGCCCUCCUCUGGGCCCCCCCGGCCCUCGCCGCGGCCCCCAUCCUAUGCGCCACAGCACUCAGAUGUUUGAUGACGACGAUGAUGACGACUUUUACGACCCUCCCGUGGGUCCUGGAAUGCCCGCCAUUGACGCCGACAAUUUUGACAUGAUGAGCGUAACGUCGAGAAAGAAUCGUAAAGCUUCCGGUCCACCUCCCGCACACAUUCGCCGCAACCCUGAGUUUGAUGCUCCUCCCCCUUCCCGCGGUAGCAGAUUCCGACCAAGCUUUGGCCGAAACCGUUCCAGCCAAAUUGCAUCGAUGCCCAUGAUGACGGACAAUAUCCUAGACGAUCCACUUAUGAGCUGCUCGUCGAAUCGCUAUGGUACUGUCGACCGAGGCACCAUGAACGGCGGCUCCCGAGCCAACUCCCUGACGGCCUCGAGACUUGAUGAGCUGCAAUACGGCCAGGCUCCCGGUGGCCCCCCAGGCACGAACUUCGGGCGUCGCGCAAGCCAAUCUCCCGGUAACCCUUACAGUCCUUCGAUGCGCGGUGGCAGCGGCAGACCUUCUCCUCCCAACGGAUACGGACCUCCCAUGAAUGGCCGUCCCUCUCCUCCUGAUGGUGUCCGGCAGCCAGUUCCUCGUUAUCCUCCAGGCCAAGGCAACGUGGUUGCACCUCAACAAGUUGAGCAGCAUAUUGGGGUGAGCCUCCUCCAACCACCAACGACUAGAAAUGUGCGAAGUCUGACCGGUAGUGCGAGUGCUAGCGCGGGCAGUGGUGAAGUCGAUUCCGAAAACUCUGCACGCAGCAGCCAGACCAGCUUUCCGCAUGCGCCACCAGCCGCCACGAGUGUUCACUAA